AUGGCCACCCGCGACACGACUACGCCAGCAUUCACGCCUCCCUCGCCUUCGCCCAGGGCUGACGCCGCCCCGUGGGUCAGCGAGACGCCUGGGAGAAGCCCUGAUGUCGUCGGAAUCGUAGACCGCCAGCGCUGCCCGCAGCACGCCCGUAAGGGCAAGUUGAAGGAGUCAGGACGUGCGUCGACGGCAGCUUCGGUUAGCUCAAGCAGCAAGAAGGGCUCUGAGGACUCCGGGAGUACAGGACCUAAGAAGAGAGCCGAGGGUGCGGGCGUCGAAACGGACCCCCACGCGGAAGAAAAGGCUGCGCUUCCAAGAGCCAAACGGGCAAAGAAGUCCCCUGAUCCUGCUCCAUCAUCCACGGCACGAACGCUUGCGCCAGCCAAGACCGCGGAGGCGUCGUGUAACGAUCGGGGUGGGUUCUACCUGAACAAGUUCAUGGCUUCGUUUGAGCCCAGCCGAGCUGUGCCAGACCGAAGAGAAGCCGCUGCCCUGCCCACAGCGACGCCGGCCCAAGCUUCGUUUUGA